AUGAGCGAGGAUCUGCCGGCGUACACGAGGCAGCCUACGCGGGGACCUGCGGGCUGGAGUUACAAUUACAGGAGCCCUAAUGGUGCACCUCCUUCGUACAGUGAUUCUGUGCGGUGGUUUUUUCACAACUCGCUUCGCCCCGCGUUCCUUGCUUUCGCGCUGGUGAGCGCAAUUGUGGCAGUGUUUCUCGCCGCGAUUCACUGGCGUGACAUGGCAGAUAUGGGCGAGAAUGCAAAGAUACUGCUGGCCGUGUCUGCCGCACUGUUUACAGCUGUCGCCAUCAUCCAAACGCUGACGUUCACGAUGGGAGUGCUGACGAAUUUAAAAGGACUGCGCAUUGCUGUGCGAGUAAUUUUUUUGAGCACUGGAAUGGCAUCUGCCGCGCAGUCCAUUUCUCUGACCAACAUAUAUUCGAACAAGGAUGAGAUAAUUGCGCAUUGCGUCAAUUCUGCGGGCAGUAGCGCACUGGCUGAAUUCCGUACAGAGAUGUCCACCAAAGAUUCGUGCACGGCCGAUUGGGACUCGGACGCGGCGUGGAAUAUUGCGUGGCUUGUGAUUGUGAUUUUAUUUUGUAUUUUAUACUCCAUGAUCUGCUCGCGUUAUCUCGCCAAAGUCGAAAGUGCGGUCCCUGGGGCGACGAAUGCACCGCUCUCUGACAAUGCUCGUGACGAUUGGGAUGUAGAGCAGGGGUGCGCCAUGGGAAGUGUACGACCAAGCAUAGCGGAUGACGUGGCGAUUGAAAUGAAGGCGAACCCGAUGGCCGACGUCUAUGGUGGCCGUAGCGACAGCGUUCACCCAGCAGCGUCAUUUGCAAGCGGCAAGGAAGAUCUCGAUGACGGCGCGAGCAUGUCGGUACAGCCCGAGUACGGCGAAAUGCACGCGGACAGCUACGAAUCGUUGUCCGCAAGCGCACACCGCGCGUGA